CGCGUGUAUGACAAGAGUGAACGCGACGUCGCUGCACGAUUUUCGCGCGUAAAAAAUGUACUUCUUUUCGUGGUUUCAUUCGUUCGCCGCGAGGCCACACCGAUACCGUUGAGGAGCUGAACAUCCUCCGGUUUCACUACCGAAACGCAUGAACAACGAAAACGUUAUAGUACAAUCAGUGUAAUAAGAUCUUACCUAAUGUUUCCUGGCGUCGUGGCCCACACCCUUUUCAAGAAUUAGACACCAACUGUCACUCGUGACGCCCACGGCUGCACACAGGUACUCGCCGCGACACACCGCUUCACGACACCCGCCCGCUCUUACUCUUAUUUAUUUCGAGAACGCGAAAAGUACAAAGGAGCGAGUCGUCAGAAACGUACACUGACUGUGAUCACUGCACGAAUGCCCCGAGUACGUCAUGUCCUGAGAAGCUAGCGCCGCAGUGCGAACUGCCGUACGUCGUCUCUUGGUUAGGAAACACUGGCUGUAUCUAGGGUUUUUUGUCCCACCCGACCAGCCGCAGUCCAGCCAGUAAACACAUAAUGGCAGAUGAUAUGAAUGAGGAAGCUAAAGAUGAAAAGUCCAAGGAAACUAAAGAACGUUCAAAAAUAACAGCUGCUGAGGAACGUUCAGAGUAUUUUAAAAAAUUAGAAAAAUGGUUACACGAAGCGUAUGCUUGGCAAAGCAUGGCUGCAAUGUUUCCAUACUACCUGAUGUCUCGUCAAAUAUUGAAUCCAUCAUCAGAAUAAUUACAGAUGUAUCACCAUUUUCAUCUGCAACAACACAUGCAGCAGGUACACAGAGAUUAAUACUUGGCACAAAUGGUCAACAGAAUGAUCCACUUAGGCAAAGAAGAGGUCAAGAGCCAAUGGGACCUUUAUUUCAACCUCCUGGAGCUGAAGGCUUUGAAUAUCGUAUACCACCGAUAUGGAAACGAUUUGCUGCUGAAUUUAUAGAUUUGACCAUGUUAUUUCUGUUGAAGUUUUCUAUUGCUUUCGUUGCCAUUGAUGUUUUUGAUUUCAUAGAUAUAGAUGAUUUGAGGAUGAAUUUGAGAAUCGAUUAUAAAAUGGCUUUAGAAAUGACGUAUGGAGUGUUAGUGUUGGAAAUGAUUCACUGUGCGAUAGUGUGCAUUUUUGAGGCAUUCUGGCUGCAACAUGGUGUAAAUGGUCGUGUUGGCGGAGCAACGCCUGGAAAAUCUAUGAUGGGAUUGCGGGUUGUACAGUGCCGCAACGUUACAGUUGUCGAAAGACCUGAUGAUCCGGAUGUUGUACUCGUUUCACCCGGAACAGAUUUAGGUUUACCUCUCGCGCUUGGAAGAUCAGUGGCAAAGAACUUAAUCUUCGCGUUCUUAUUUCCAAUAUGCUUUGCGUUAUUCUUUUUGAGAUUUAACAGAGCUUUCCACGAUUUACUCUGCAACUCUAUCGUGGUUGAAGAUCCGUACAGAAACUUGAAUAACAAUAGAUUGCCUCAACAAUGAAUACAUAUUCCAUUAGAGAAACAAAAUGUCUCUAAUUUGCAUAUGCGUAUGUGGGAAAAUGUAAUAUGUAUAUAUAUGUAUAAAUUAAACAUAACGACGUUGCGAAGUAUUUUUCUAAAGUUUAGGACGGUUUCUAUGCAUACCACUGUAAAGUAUAAAGUAAAAGACUAUGUAAUAUCUGCAUAAUAAACGUGUACAAGUUAUUUAAGAAGGGAAACUUAAUUAAAUUAAAGU